UCCUCAUCUUAAACUUCUGUCACAGCGAGGAGCCUUUCUUUCUCCGCUUUGAAAACCUUUCACCUGAUUUACUUGAUUUAUAAACACUUUAAUCUCUGUUUCUUCCCUUACAUGUAUUCUUUUAUAACUUUAUACCGCAUGGGACGCAUUUUAAUUAGAUAAGUAGAUAAGGUCUCCAGUCUACUAUGGAUGAGGAGAGAAAGGAGGGGGGUCCUACCUCUAAGACCACUCUGUCUGGGGAACAUGGCCGCCGGAGCAAAGCUAAGAGGAGACAGCAGAGAGCAGACUCCCCUGGACCCAGCUGUGUCUCCAUGAAGAGUGACUGGUCUAUGGAUCAUCCUGCUAACUUUAAAGACGGAAAUCAGUCUAUUGAAAAGAGAAGAGAUCAGCAGCAGAGAGAAGACUCCCCUGGACCCAGCUGUGUCUCCAUGAAGAGUGACUGGUCUAUGGAUCAUCCUCCUGAAUUUAAAGAUGGACGCCCCUCCAGAGAGGAGAGACCACACCAGAAGAGGUCAAUUGUUACCAGGUCUGUACAGAAGAAUCCAACCGAGCUGAUCAAGAGGGCUGAGGAGAACGCACACGCUUUCCUCGACAAGGAGAUGAAGAAGCUCUGGAGGGAUCUCUUCCCAGAUUACCCACAAUGCUCAGAGAGUCAGAGGGAGGAGGAGGAGCUAGAUGGUGAGAAGGAGGAGCAGAGGUGGCGCGCCAUAGAGGGAGUGGUGGACAUCACAAAGCUCUGCCUGAUGGAGAUGAACCAGGAGGAACUGGCCGACUCACUGUGGGGCGGAUCUGCUGCUGUCGAAUGCCAACACAAAAUCAAGUCUCAUUUGAAGAAGAAGUUCAGGUGUGUGUUUGAGGGACUCCCUAAAGCAGGAGAGAAAACGGAUCUGAAUGACUUCUUCACAGAGAUCUUCAUCACAGAGAGAGGCAGUGGAGAGGUCAACAAUGAACAUGAGGUCAGACUGAUUGAAACAGCUUCCAGGAAACCGGCCAAGGAAGAAACACCAAUCAAAUGUGAAGACAUCUUUAAACCCUUACCUAGAAAAGAUCAACCAUUCAGGACAAUUAUGACAACUGGAGUGGCCGGCAUUGGUAAAACCGUCUUAACAAACAAGUUCACUCUGGACUGGGCUGACGGCAAAACCAACCAGGACAUACACUUCACAUUUCUCCUCACUUUCAGAGAGCUGAAUUUACUGAAAGGGAAAGAGUUAAGCUUGGUGGAACUCCUUCAUCAUUUCUUCAUUGGGACCAAAGAAGCAGGAAUCUGCAGAUACGACCGGUUCAACGUUAUCUUCAUCUUGGAUGGUCUGGAUGAGUGUCGAUAUCCUCUGGACUUCCAGAACAACCCGAUCUGGACUGAUGUCACAAAGUCCACCUCAUUGGACGUGCUGCUGACAAACCUCAUCAGGGGUGUCCUGCUUCCCUCCACUCGCAUCUGGAUAACCACACGCCCUGCGGCAGCCAAUCAGAUCCCUGCUGAGUGUGUUGACAUGGUGACAGAGGUGAGGGGGUUCACCGACCCACAGAAGGAGGAGUAAGUGUGUGUGUGUGUGUAGCUUGUCUGGCUGCCUGGUCACACAGGAAGGCUGUGCUUCUCUGGCCUCAGCUCUGAGCUCCAACCCCUCCCAUCUGAGAGAGCUGGACCUGAGCUACAAUCACCCAGGAGACUCUGGAGCUGCGCUGCUCUCUGCUGGACUGGAGGAUCCACGCUGGAGACUGGACACUCUCAGUGUGGAGCACGGUGGAGUGUGGAGGCUGAAACCAGCUCUAAAGAAGUAUGCCUGUGAACUCACACUGGACCCCAACACGGCCGGCAGAGAACUCUCUGUGUCUGAGGACAACAGGAAGAUGACGUGGGUUGAAGAGGACCUGUCGUAUCCGGAUCACCCAGACAGAUUUGACUGCCAGCUCCAGGUGUUGGGUAGAGAGGCUCUGACUGGCCGCUGUUACUGGGAGGUAGAGAGGGAAGGAUGGGUUUAUAUAGGAGUGACAUACAGAGGAAUCACAAGGAGAGGAGGGGGUGAUGACAGCCUGCUUGGACGGAACAACAAGUCCUGGGUUCUUCAUUGUUAUGAUGAAGAUUAUGAUGAUUAUGAUGAUGGUGGUUACUCUGUCCGGUACAACGGUAUACAGUCAUACCUCCACCUCAACUCCGCUGGCUCCACCAGAAUGGGAGUGUAUCUGGACCGGCCUGCUGGCUCUCUGUCCUUCUACAGAGUGUCCCCAGGUGGAGGAGGGUCCUCAGACACACUGACACACCUCCACACCUUCUGCUCCUCCUUCACCCAGGAGGACCUCCUCCCG